ACGGAGGUCCUGGCGAAUAGCUCAAUUUUUCAAAAGCAAACGCCUUAUACAAUCUGCGAAGGUGAUGCCUUUGAGGAAUAUUUUGUCAUACUUUGCAUUGACGGUCAUCCUGAGGGCCUCCAUUCUGUGUUAUUGGUUCUCUGAUGAAGUGGAGGCAGCAGUGGGAAAACCUGCAGUUCAAGGCAGUCAUCAUCUCAGCCGGGUGGGGUCUGCUUUGAGCCGGAAACCUGCGGCUUUAACACGACCUGGUUCGCUUACUUAUACAUAUGAAAAGAGAUGGAGACUUUAAUUCCACCAAAGCAUUGAACUUGGCAAAACUAAAGCGCCUGGCUCCAUCAGUGCUUUGUGGCAGCAACCAGAUGGUCAAACAGAGAGGAACUCAUCAUUUUCUCAUCGACAGCGGUGAGAGACCUCUUACUCCUCUGUCCCAGAUGCCCUCUACGUGUGGCUUUUUUGUGAAGAGGUCCCGCAGAGAUGUGCAGUAUGCUGCAUCCUAUCAGGGCUGUCAUGUUAACAAACGGGAGGAUGGAUUUUACCUACCGCUGCGGUUAUGGGGGACACCGAUGACCAUGUCCUGUCCUGAUAUGUUGCCACUGCCCUAUGUUUUCUGCUUUCCAAACAAGAUGGUGGUGAAGAUUCGUGGCGUGGCAGCCAAGGAACUCAAAGUAAAAGUGUCUGGCACGUGGCAGCCUUUAUCAUCAGCAUGUAGCAGCUGCAAACUGACUUUUAAUGAGUCUUCUGGUGAACUGACACUGAUCGUACCUUACAUCAAGGAUUUGUGUUUGGAGAUCAAGAAUGAGGAGUAUUUACUCUCUCUUCAGUGGGCAGAUUUUGAGCAUCAUGUCCUCCUGUACCAAACACUGAGCUAAAAACAGGAACAUCUGCACCCUCAAGUGACAGUGAUAAAGCCCUGCAUCCUCUUCAGUACCCUCAGUUGCCAAUAUUUUCACAGUUCCUAGAGUCGCAGUCAACACAAAGUCCUUGGAUUGUGGCUCCAUUGCCAUUUUCCUUUGUGGCUGCGGACUUCUCUGAAAACCAAAAGAUGCCUGGAAAUCUGAGCCCUGCCUUACUUCCCAAGUUCUUUGAGUUUCCCAGACCUGAAUUACCAACACAUCCUUCUGGAGAUGACAACGCAGACAUAAAUCAGCUCCAGUUGCUUCAAAUGCCAAAGUCUCCUCAAUAUCAAAUUCCACUUUUCCAAGAAUUCCCUGUGUUCCCUAGAGUUUUUCCACCAACAACAACCUGGCCACUUCCUGCAACAAGCACAGAGACCGUGGUAACCCCACCUACUCCUACAGGGCAUGAGAAGCUUCAGCUUCCCCUGCAGCCAGAGUUUGCAGUGAUGCUUCAAUAUCCCUUCCUACCAUUCCCUAAAUACCCUGAAUCUCCACAGGAUCAAACUGUGGAUGAUGCAGAAUCCAAACCACAGCAUAUCCACACUCAGGUCUUUCAGUAUCCCAUGUUGUAUCCUCCUUUUAAUCAGCUUUCUCAGUUACACAAUGCACCAGCAGCCGCCACCAAGGCACCUCCCUAUGAAAAGCCUUCAUACCAACCACACCCCUCUAUACCGGUAUAUGUUGUUGCCAAACAGGCUGCCAUACCUGUAUUUCUGCCUUCUUCGUCCAUGACCCCUUUUAACCCAGCUCCAUCAGUUCAGCAGGAACAUCAGCCCUUCUACCUUGCCAUGAAGUCUUUUUACCCGUUCCUUCCUGAUCAAAGUCAAACUACACUAACAAAUAUCUGACUGUGGUUCUGCUGACUGGGCACCAGACCAUCAUGGAUGGGUUUAAUGUCUCUCACAGCUUGUUGCUUACUACAAGCUGUGAUAUGCUCUACGGACAGCUGAACUCGUGAAUAAGAAUACGUUUAAGGUAAAGUAAUAGCAUUUUGGUAAGAAAAUGUAAUUCAUUAAAACUAAAUGUAAUUUUCAUCUGGGGGAAAAUAAAGGCUGAAGGUGCACUA